UCUAAGUAAUAAAUAUAUAUAUAAAUUAUCCAAAUAGAAAACAAGGUAGGAAGGAGGUUGAUGAUAUAAAAAAGAAGUAGGUGGCACAAAAAACAUGUGAUGACUGAUGAGCCGUAGGAUGUGUAGAUAAGGAGAGACUAAUUAUAUUACAGGAAAUCAAGUCAAAGUUACAAUAAUAACUGCAAUGCGUCUUUACAUGUGUUGCUUGUCAUAUUAUUAACCUAACAACUUUUUUCGUCAGACAUGAACAAAAAUAUAUAGUACGCAACAAUUUUAAAAGGACAAUUCUUUGGUUUAGACUUUUUAACUUUUAAUCACAGAAAUAACAUUCAAAAAAUAAAAUGACCAGAAUAACAUAUUUUUGUUUUGAAAAUUUUAAUAUUUAUUUUUUAUAUUUUAAAAUUUGAAACUCUAUCCACAAAACAUCAGCCCUUAGAUAUAAACCAUAAAUCUAGAGUAGUUAACUUUGGGUACAAAUGUAUAUUUAACUUUUAAUAAAUUUUUUUUUUAAGUAUAUUUUUGUGAAAAUAAACUAAAAAGUUGUUGAUAAAAAAAUAAAAAAUAAAAAACUAAAAAGUUUAAGAAAAUUUCUGAUUUUAAAAUCCACAAGAAAAACAUACUUAAGUUCAGUCAUGUUGCCUCGGUCAGCACAAGCCGUGGCCAUCUCCUAUAUAAGCUCUGUUCAUCUUCUUCUCCACAUAACAACCAUUCCCUCAUCUCUUCUUCCAAUCACAAAGAUUCAAUGGCUCCCUGCAUCGACACUUUCAGAACAUGUAAACUCCAGGUUUGUCAUGAAGAUGACUCUCGGUUCUGUUACAUGAAUCUCUUCCGACCCGUUCAAUUCCCUUCACGAGCACCCAUCACAACAACAUGCCACUCGAACUCCCUGGACGGUGGUGAUGUCUGGCUCAAGAUGCUUGAAGAAGCCAAAUCCGACGUUGAGCAAGAACCCGUUUUGUCAAGCUACUAUCACGCUUCCAUUACAUCGCAUCCAUCGUUAGGUUCUGCUUUGGCGAACAUUCUCUCGGUAAAGCUCAGCACUUUAACCUUACCAAGCAACACCCUUUUCGAGAUGUUCAUCAGCGUUUUAGAAGAAAGCCCAGAGAUCGUGGAAUCGGUGAAGCAAGACCUAUUAGCGGCAAAGGAAAGAGACCCAGCUUGCUUAAGCUACGUCCAUUGCUUCCUAAGCUUCAAAGGCUUUCUCGCUUGCCAAGCUCAUCGUAUCGCUCACGAGCUCUGGUCUCAAGACAGAAGGAUCCUUGCUUUACUCAUCCAAAACAGAGUAUCCGAAGCUUUCGCCGUCGAUAUCCAUCCGGGAGCCAAGAUCGGAAAAGGGAUUCUGUUAGACCACGCAACGGCCGUGGUGAUCGGAGAAACGGCGGUGGUUGGAGACAACGUUUCGAUUCUCCACGGCGUGACGCUGGGAGGAACAGGGAAACAGUGCGGCGAUAGGCACCCCAAGAUCGGUGAUGGGGUCUUGAUCGGAGCAGGGACUUGUAUACUGGGGAAUAUAACAAUCGGAGAGGGAGCUAAGAUUGGAUCGGAGUCGGUGGUGCUUAAGGACGUGCCGCCGCGUACGACGGCGGUUGGAAAUCCGGCGAGAUUGAUAGGUGGGAAAGAGAAUCCGAAAAUGAUUUAUAAGGUUCCCGGUUUGAGUAUGGACCAGACUUCGUAUUUAACCGAGUGGUCUGAUUAUGUCAUCUAAACCAACUGUAGUUAUUUCCGAUUAAUCUGAUUUUAUAAGUACUCUUAAACCAAAAUUUUGUAUAGAGCUCAACUGUUGGUGAUGAUGAUCCAAGAGUAAUAAUAUGAAUAUAUCGCCAAAUUUAUAUCGUU